CUGACGACUGCCACGCUUAUUACUUUCAUUUCCACGCCCUUUCUCUAACCUGCUUCAGAGUAAUUGAUAUCGUUAUCAAGCUAGCGACUGGAAAUCCACCAAGACGAAGAAGACAGCUCGCUAUACCCAAGUCUCCAUAACAGUUUCAGAAUGGACACCGAAACCCCACCAGACAUUAGUUAAGCCUGUCUCAGUAUAAAAAGCAGCUUGUUGGAUCUCUCGUGGAAUCCUGUAUGUGUUUAUUUAGUAACACUGGAAUGAAUGAGUUGAAGGGUAGAACAUGUUGAGGUGACCGAAAUGGAGGCCAAGACGAUGUAAGUUACGGAGGGAAGGGAAUUCCUGGGGGGGGAAAGCAGCUGUUUAUGGAGGUUAAGUGAAAUACAGGAAUCAGAUAUUGACUGAGACGAAAAUUAAAAAAAAAAAUAAGUAAAAAAGAAAUGGAGUGUGGAGAAACUUUGGUGGCAGACCUGGAGCUGGACCCAGACAUCGUAAGCGAGGAGGCGGGAAAAUUGUACUCUGAACUCCAGUCCGUUGUGGAGACUCAUGGAGCAGAUGUGGUUGAAUCACUGCUGCCCAUCUUGGUGUGGGUUCUUGAAGGGCUCGCCAGCUGUCGGGCUCAGCUGAGAGAGCGCGAAGAGGCCGUGGAGAAGGAGAAAGGAGAGAGGGAAGAGCUGCUGGAGAGGUAUGAGAGAGAGAGAACACUGCGGAGGGAGAGCCAGGAGCGCUAUUUGGAGUUAGAUGAUCAGUUUGAGCAGGAGAGGAGGGCAAUGCGUGGAAGAGACAAGGAGCGAGAGAAGCGAGAAAGAGACCUGGAGAAGAAAGCCAGAGAGCAAGCUGAUCAGAUGGUGGCUUUGGAGGAGCAGAGAACCAGUCUGGGCAGAGAGUUAAACACGUUGAAACACACACAUAGCAAGUUAGUCCUGACAUAUCGGGAUCUGCUGGAAAAGAAAAAGGAGUUGGAGAGAGAAGGAUCCCCUCUAAGAAAUCGCAUUCGCUCCAAAAGUACAGAGCCACCUGACGAAAAUGCAGCCAUCCAGUGUGAGGUGACGCCUGAAGUUGCCUCCAAUGCCAAAAUAUCAGAAAUUCCAGCUUCCACAGACACUAAAGUGAACGAAACUGGAACUAUAAAUAAUUCAUUUUUUAUCAAUGACAUCAUAAGUUCUACUCCAGAGCUGGCUCAGCUGCAGGGCCUUGUUGAAGCAAGCACUCCCCUUCGAACAGAGAGUGGAGAACCAGCCUGCAGUCUAGAGGAAGAGGUCAGACCGGAGACAAGAGGUGAGGAUGAAGAGGAAAGCAAUCAGGAAGAUGAAAAAGAGGAAAAAGAACAGGACUUGGACAGUUUGGAGUGGGAGAUGAGGAACACAGAUUCUGUGUUUUCUGAGCUCUCAGAACUCAGUCAGGAAUACGUGGAGAGUGUGGACCAUGGAGUCAGUGUGAGAGGCAGCACAGUCCAGUUUGAGGAGAUUCUUUCACAGUAUGAGGAACUGAAACAUACCCAUGAGAUGGUAGAUGCUGCUCGUAAGGCUCUUAUUUCUCGUGUCGAGGAACUGACAAAUGAGAGGUCUGCUCUGAACUUGGAGCUCACUUCCUGUCAGGAAACCAUUAACCGACUGGAGAGCAGAACCAAGGAGAUGGAAGAGGAGACCAAAAGGCUCCGCAAAGAACUGGAAGCAGCACAGGCUGAGGACUCUGACGCUUCUUUGCCUACUUCACACCGUCGGUUCUCUCGUUCAGAGAUGGCUCGAGUGGUCAUGGAGAAGAACCAGUAUAAAGAGCGGUUGAUUGAACUACAGGAUGCUCUUCGGCGGACUCAGGCUCAUGGAGUUACUAAGAAUGAAAAGAUCCCAGAUGACAAGAAGAGCAGUGUGUGGAAGAGGUUUAACCGUUUUCUUGGUUUGACAAAGGACCAGCUGGCUCCAGCUGCUUUGGCACCAGCUGCUUUGGCUCAAGCUGCUUUGGCCCUUCCUGUGCCCCCUCCCACUUCCUCACCAGUGGGCUCGCCUCAUAAGUUAUCUGUCAGUGUGUCCCAGACAGAAGAUUCGAUAUCUCCCAGGCUGAGGAGGAGAGAGCUGUACCGGGAGAUCCGCUCUCAUGUGUGGCGAACUCUGGGAAAAAGACAGGUGCAUGGCUGGAGCGUGCCUCUUUCUCACACUGACACACAGAACACUGAGCAGCUUCUGGAGCCUAAAGACUUGCCUGUCCUCACACAGUUGCGUUUGCUUGACCAAAGAGAUGCUUCUGCUAAGCUGACCUGUGCCGUAGCAGUCCCACCAGAGGUGUCAGGAGAACAGAACUGUUCUGUCUGGGCGAUCACUGGACCCGCCUCCAGUAGUGAUGUCACAGUGAUUGACCCAGCACGGUCCAAUACCAUCCUGGAUCAGUUCAGCCUUCCGCCCACCUCUCCAGCUCUGUGCAUUUGUGCUGUACCUCCUACUGGAGAAACAUCUGGGACUGUGUGGAUUGGAACACAGGAUGGAGGCGUGCUUGUUCAUUCAGCCUCUGGAUCUAGGAGGCGAUGUUUGCAGUCAGUCAGUCUCUCAGAAGGGGUGCAUUCACUUACAUUCUCACCAGAUCAGGUGAUUGCUGGAUUAAGCAAUGGAAUGCUUGCAUUUUUCAGCUACAGUUCUGGUGGAUGGAAUCUUCAUUCUCAUGAAGUACUUUCACUGGGCAUAACUCCUUUGCAGCCCAUUCGCUGUUGCCUAGCAAAAAGUGGUUGUCUCUGGGUGGGAUACUGGAACAAAGUAUUGAUGAUUGAUGUCCAAAAUAGGAAAGUGGAGAAAUCAUUCACAGUGUCACAUCGAAGCGAACAGCAGGUUCGCUUCCUGUGUGCAGCAGGAAGUGGAGUUUGGGCUUCCUGCCGGCUGGAUCCCACCCUCAGGCUCUUUGAUUGGACAACUGGCCGACCACUACAGGAAGUUGAUAUUUCAUCAAUGAUAACCAAAGCUUUAGGCACUGCGUUCCUGUCCCUUUCACCGCUUCAAAUCUCUGCCCUGUCUGUGGUCAGUGGGCGGUUAUGGGUGGGCACAGGAAAUGGUGCUAUUUUCUCCAUCGCAUUGUCACUCAGUUCUGAGUCGUCUAUCCCUUAUUGCACUUUAGCUUCAGCUCACCUGUGCUUUCAUGGCCACCGUCAAGCAGUUAAAUUCAUCAUCUCAGCUCCAGGCUGCCGUGGUUCUUCUGUUACAGCAGAAGGUUCUGCCUCCACCUCUCAUCUCAUUCUCAGUGGUGGAGAAGGCUACAUCAAUUUCCGUAUUGGUGAUGAAGGUAGCGAUGGACUUGGUGAGACUGUCCCACAGAGAUCAGAACGAAGUCAUGUGAUCAUCUGGCAGAGCCCGACUCAGUCAGUUCCUAGCUCCUCCCUUUGAUAGUCAUUUUUUCUGUCUAUAUGUUUAUAUGUAUAUAUCACUUAUCAUUUAGUGUUUUUGUUUACUCAGAAGCACACUUUACAUGUUUGCCUUGUUGUGCACUUAUGUGUCCGCCCCUUCUCCAAGUUAUUGCCUUUGAAAGAACAAGGAACGGUAUUAAGUGACGCGACUGUUGAUAACCGACAUGUGUAUUACUUUAUAUUGCAAUCAGAAUGAAUGAGCUAGAAAAGGUGCAAAAAGAGUAAGAUAAAAUAUUUUGGUAUAGUCAAGGCCAUAUUUGUUAGAGCCUUCUGUCAUAUUGUGUGCUAUCAAAUGUAUGCAGUGCAGUUUUGUUUUUCAUUUACGGUUCUGACACUCAGCUGUAGCCAACUGUUUGGUAACUGUUGUAUUUUUUGCUGAUGUUUUGUUUCCUAUCAUACUAGUUGGCUGCAAAAAUGAUUCUGAGCAUUCAGACAGAGCAUCUCAUAGACUUGUAUCUGUACUUGAAAUUUUGGGAGCCACAUCAUCCUCUGUAAAAGGACCUUUUUAAUUAAUUUCUUAGCAGGUUUAUUUACAAUUGUCAAACCACGUAAAUAUGAAUGUGAAAAUGGUCAGGUGAGCUACAGCUGCUAAUUCACACUAGCCUUUGUGAUGAGUCUGAGCAAACAGAGCUCAAGUCAGCCAUCAUUAUGGAGAGCAUAUCUAAAUAUCUGCUCCGUGUUGAUAUAAUGUGUGAAUGAUUUUAAUGUGAUCUGUUAUGUAAGUACGGAUUAGGAAAUGCACCCUGGGUUGAUCAAAAUAUUUUUAAUACUUGGAACAUCUUUAGUAUUCUUGUAAAGAGACAUGUGAUAUUUGCCUCAAGAGAUUUGCAUGAGGGUUUCAGUAUUCAGAAAGUGUAUUUGAAAGAAUAUGUCUACACUUGAAUGUUAAUUAUUGAAAACUGGAAAUAGUCACUAAUUUGACAUAUGUCAACAUGUCAGACUGUAUUCUUAAAAUUUAAUUUACUUUUGUAAAUACAAUAUUUAUUAAAAUGCAUUCUAAUAUU